AUGGACGUUUGUCCAAUGAGACUACAAAACGAUACAGACUGCCUUCAUUUGUCAUUUCAGUCAGAAUCUAAAGCAGAACCAUCGAGAAAUGAUCUGUCCGAUCUAGUAAAUCUUCUAAGUAAAAAGUACUCCGGAAAUAAGCCUCUUGUUGUAAUACUGGACUCUGGUUCUUUGGGAAAGUAUGACAAAAAUCAAAAAUAUCGAGCUGUUACUCCAGAAAGUAGCGAUGAUGAAGGUGCUUGGAAUGUUCCACAUCUGCUACUGCAAAAUCAAAAGGCAAAACUACUAUUAGGGGACAAAAAAAGAACUACCAAAUCACUUCUGCAAUUAAAAACCGAACUCAAAUUAAAAAGAAUCCAAAGACUUCGCGAUAGUCAAGAUCGUAAUAUCAAUGACAAAAACGAAGUUAGGUCACCAAUUGUGAAGCAACUACUGAGAAUCUCGAAUCGUAUCCAAUGUGAUGCUAAAGACGAGUGUCAAGACCAAUGCAGUGAUAGGUAUGAAGGGAAUAAAGCUGAUAAAUGUAACAUACAAUGUGAGGUAAAGUAUGAUUGCGAAGAAGAGAAGGAUCCUUGUGAGGACAAUGAAUGCGGUGACUCUUGUGGUGGGGGGGAUUGCGCCAUGAGUACCAAAGGUGAAAUACUUGUAAAUGAAGAGCCGAAAUGUAAACGAUGCUAA